AAAUUCAUAAAAUGAAAUCACUUACUAUAUGUGUGAUUAUAUUAGUAUUAGACGUUGAUUUCUCAUUUGCGUCUGGGUGUAUUGUUUGUACCGGAAAUAUAGGAUUAAAGAAAAGUACGUGUGGUCAUUAUUUUUGUUCACUCUGUUUAAGGACAUUCAAUAAUUGUUCGUGUGGAAAAGACAUCAUAAUUGAUUAUAGCAAUCGUACAAUAGAAGAAGAUUUAAUAAAAUGUUCUGUUUGUACAAAUAAUAACGGAUUACAGCAAGUUACGUGUCCUCACCCAUAUUGUAACACCUGUACGCGUAUUAUUUCGCAUUGUAAUAUAUGCAAUAAAUCUUUCAGAGUUGGUUGUUCAAAAUGUCGAAUGUACGUUAAUCUACAAAUUAGAUCCAAUAAAAUAUACUGUACAAGCUGUAUACAAAAUGGUAAAAUCCCACAAGAGAUUGAAGAAUCGUCAUCCAGACAAAUCCUAGGAAUUGUCCCACAAGAGAUUGAAGCUUCGUCAUCCAGACAAAUCCUAGGAAUUGUCCCACAAGAGAUUGAAGCUUCGUCAUCCAGACAAAAUUAUGUCCCCAUAGAAUUUAUAAAUUACAGUCAAGAUAAUAAAAUUGAAAAUCAAAGUAUUAAUAAUAAUAAUCAAGACAAUGAAAGUGACAGUACAAAUAAAAUAAAUUACACAAUUGAUAGUAACGGAAAACCAUUUUACCAGUUUUUGUAAAUAUACAAUGUUUAGUCGUGGAAAUAUUUGAAAGCGAAAUAUAUCAGUACUAUAUCAGAAAACCUUAACAUCUAACUAAAUGUUUGAUAUAAUUCAUGUGAUAAAAUACAUAAUUUCAUAUAAUAAAUAUAAGUUGCUAAAUGUAAUUAGAAUUUUCAAUGAUUACCAGUGUUGGGUAAAGGUUAUUAAAAUAAAAUCUAGCUAAGAUAGAAAUAAGUCGCAGCCCGUCCCUGUCUGUAAGUUUGUUUAUUGUCAUCGGUUUGGAAUGUGUAAAAUGAUUCAUAGUAAUUUUUUUUGGUUUUCAACAAUUGCAGUUAUAAGGAAAAAAAUAAAGUAGUGUAAAAUGUUCUUGUUUAUUUAUAAAUAGAUAAAAAUAAGGUUGAGUACGUUAUUUACGCUUUUCUAUUUACGUUGUCCGCCAACACAAUAUUCUUAACUUAAAAUAAAUUAAUUUUAAAUAAAGAUACAACUCGGGACAAGCUACCCAGUACACAUUGACUUACAAAGAAAUUCAGAAUUAGAUAGUUUUGGAAGGGGCGUGGUCAAGGUCAGACAGAGAGAGUGGUCUAAUGAUAGACGGGUAAAGGAGGUGUGAUCUUAUGAUUGAUGAGGUAAGGGGAAGGCGUGGUAUUAUGGUAGUAGGAGUAAGGUACGUGAUCUGAGCGAUGGUCUUAGAAGGUCAUACAAAAUGGCGGAGAUUUAAACUGUUGGUUUGGUUUGCACACUAUAAUUUAAUGUCAGGGGUGGGGGAGGUGGUUUUUUCAAAAUUGCUGUCAUCUGAAGGAUAGGGUAACUAAAUCUCCAUGAAACUGAUCUAUAGUCUAGUGGAGAGGAUAAUAUACAUUACAUAUAUUACGUUUAAUAUUAAACGUACGCAUUACAUUGAAUAGUGAACGUUAAGUAGUGACCGCCGCCGUCACACUUGUCCUUGACUAUUCUUAGAACGACUCAACCAUCUUGUUAACAAAUUCUGUGAUGUUAUCGUUGUAAUAGCCAUUACGAUUAAUUAAUUGUCACCGUCGAGAACGUCCUAUAUACAAUCGUUGUUACCCAAUCUAAUUAUACCCCUACACCACCCGGGCGUAGAGUGAGUCGUAAAUCCGAUGUAAUCUAACAUAAUGCAAUAGUAGGUUGAAAGAUGUAAACUCAAUGUAAACUAACCUAAGUCGGUAGGUGAUCUCCUCCUCCUUCAGCAAGUCCUAAAGAACGUGGGGUAAUGAAACUUAACAUAAGCUAAUCUAAUGGGAGGGGUGCGGUUGAAACCCGACGUAAAUUAACUUGCCGCAUGUCUAUAGAUUGUAUUUAAUAAAUCGAUAAUUAUGUGAAAAAAUAAAAAUAAAUUAUCAAGGGUAGGUAUGCUUUAAUCCUUGAACGUGCCUAUAGUAUGCGAAGUGUAGCCAAAUGUGGUUCUAAAAUGAGGCUCUAAAUUGAAAUUAUGAUAAACAUUUUUAUGAGAACAAUUGCUAUCACCAGGUAAUCAUAUUUCCAAUAUCAAAGAUGUCACCGUACAGUAAUAAUCAGUGUAUGAAUUUAUGAGAACAAUGACAACGUCUGUCGUUAUGGCAUUAUAAUUUCUAAGAAUCUCAUCAUUGGUUACCAGACACUUAGAAUGGAGCAAUUAAAGAAACAGUUGAACGAUCAGACUACAUUAUAAUUGUGGCGGUCGAAUGUUCUAGAAUGUUCGGCCGCCGCCGCCUCUAGAAGAUUCGUCGCUCUACAUAAGCGUGUGGCGGUCGAAUGUUCUAGAGAGUUCCGCCGCCGCCUCUAGAAGAUUCCUCUGACUAUUUAAGGGCAAGAUCGUCGCUCCAGUCAGUCAGUUGAUCAGUCAAUCACUUACGCAUUCUGUCUUACACGCGCUUCGUUUCUCGCUGUUAUUUAUUAGUUCGUUGUAAUACAGUUCGUCUCUCGCUGUUAUUUGUUAUUUGUUAGUUCGUUGUAAUAUAGUAUAGUUGUUAUUAAAUCGUAAAAGUGUUUAUUACUUCUAUAUAUUACACCUCGCUACAUAAUGAUAUUCAAAAUUAAGUGAUCUGGAGGAAUAUACGCCAUACAAAGUCAUAUCUAUGAAAAAUACAAGCACAUGAAAUGGGGUUGUCAUUGUUGGUUGUCUAAUCAUCAAUAUUAAUGUGUUUAUCCCGAGAUUAAACUUAACUAAUGAAGAAAUCGAAGCUCUUAAUAUCAACAAUGAUGAUAAAAGAUUACAUUUAUUAUAUAAAGGCAAAAGUGGAAAUGCAUAUUUGUUUGAUUUUCAUUAAUUUGUUAAUAUUUUUCCUUGUUUUUUUUUUGCAAUUAUUUAUAUUAAACAAAACAAGUUAUUA